GAGAGGGGGAUGAUCCUGGAAGAAUCUGGCAACCCGUAUCCCAUCUGUCACAUAUUCUGUCAUUGGGCAGGACACAAACAUUAUUUCAUGUUAGCAGCAUUGUCCUGACUUUUGAAAAGCUGUCAGCAGAAGGCAUGGGCUCUGGAGAGAGUACGACCAGGAAAGUGUCUUUCGGUGUGGAUGAUGAGGACAGAGUCAGGAUUCUCCGUGGAGUCAAGCUGUCAGAAGAUGUGCUUCAGAGGAUGAGAGGAGUGGCCAACAUUCCUCCAGAGCGCUCAUCAACAACCUCAAGCCCUCAGAAAGACACAGGUACAUCUCGUCCUGUCAAUUCAGGCUCUCGACCACAGCACCGAUCCCAACCAGGUAACCAGUCCAGCAAACCAGCCUCCUACGCAAAAGAAGAACAGAAGAGGUAUGAACGGCAGCAGACAAUACUGAAGGAAGAGUUGGCCAAGCUGGCGCAAAGAGAGAAGGAGGCAGCAAGGGAGGAGAUGACGAAAGCCAUGAGCCGGGAAAGACAACACAUACGCCAGGAAGCUGACAAGGCCAAACAACUGUCUGCAGAUGAGAUAGAAAUGAUGGCUCAGCAGCUACAGAAGAAAGACUCACAGCUGAAAGCAAUGGAUGCCUUCUACAAGGAGCAGCUGGCACAGCUCGAGAAGAGGAAUUUGGAAAGAUACGAGCAGAGCAAAGAGGAAUUCCACCACGCUGCCUCCAAGACGGAAGCAAAUGUCAGGUCUCGUAGUACAGAACCGGUGUGUUCUGGCCUCCAGGCUCAGAUUCUAAGCUGUUACAAGGAGAACAGUGACCAGACCUUAAGGUGUUCAGACCUGGCCAAAGAAUACAUGCAGUGUAUCAAUGCUGCAAAGAAGCUAAAGUAUAUCAAGUAAAUCAACCUGCUUCACGUGCCCUUCAAAGAACCAAGGAUUGUGGGAAGUUUGGGACGUGAGACUCUAGUCUGAAUGGUGGCUUUUGAAGUUUUCCAUAGAGAGACGUGUUGUUAUUUUUUUAGAGCAGCACUCUUUCUGAUGUAAAAGAAAGAAAUUCUCUUUUUUUCUCAUGUUCUUGAGUUUAUUCUGGGGCAGGUAAAGACCAAAAGAAAAAAAAAAUCAGAUUGAUAGGUUUUUGAGUGCUGUCACUUUAAGUUUUUACACUGAGAAGUCUUGUCAUUAAAAAAUGUCUUUUAGAGUGACUGUCUGAUGUAAAAGUAUGAAAUACAAUUUCUCCAGUGGAACCAACCUGUUUUCCUAAAGGUACAGAAAAUGACACCUUUUCAAACAUUAACACUGCUGCUAUAAAAUAAGUUUUCAAUUGUAGUUCGCCUUGUCCCUGCAUCCGUCAUCAGUUUGCUUCUAAUUUUAGGUCGUUUACAGGCACAGAAUAGUUUGAAGAAACAGAAAAAGAAUUUAAAACCAAAAUAUUGCAUUUUUUGAUGUUUUCUGAAUAUCAUAGUGAAUAAAACAGAUUUGUAUAUGUGUGCCUUGGAAAUGAAGAAGAAUGUGUGUAAGUGAUUUACUUGAUUUCAAGUAAACAAGAGAGGGUCAUGGAGUCAGAUGCAGCAGUAAUGUCUGCAGCCUCAUCAUUAGAAUUCUAGGAGGGUAGACGCUGUUGACUGUGUUUGACUGUAAAUGGGAUUAUAUAAUAUCCCGGCUCUUCAAAGAUUUUUUUUUCUGUGUAUUUGCAUUAUUUUUUUAAGCUCUAAACAUCAUCUCCCUUUACAGUAAAGGGGAGGACAUACUCUCACAAUGUCUUGAACAGCUUAUUUGAAGUAAAGGGAAAAAAAAUGUAUAGCUUUUCUGUAUUUUAGCCAACUAAUUGGAAUAAAAAGUACAAAGAAGA